AUGCAAGCCAAACGACUUUUUCAAAAGAAAAGCGUUUUUCGUUAUGUAGCCGGUGCAGGCGUAUUCUAUUGUGUAGCCCACACUAUUGCUCGUCAUGUCGGUGAACUUGUGAUCUGUUCCGGACCAUCAAUGCUUCCAACAAUACACGAUGGUGAUUUAGUGCUAGCUGAGAGGUUAAGUGUGACGUCGGGAAAUGUACAUCGUGGCGAUAUCGUAGGUUGCUUGAGUCCACAUGAACCGGAGCAACUUCUGUGCAAAAGAGUCAUAGCUAAGGAGUCAGACCCUGUCAAUAGCGAACUACUGCCAAAUAAGCGAGUCCCACGCGGGCAUAUUUUCCUGCAAGGCGAUAACUACGUAGCGUCUACAGACUCUCGUCAUUUUGGCCCUGUUCCAGCGGGACUUGUUCAAAUUCGCCUUUGCUUGCGGAUAUGGCCGGUUUCGAGGUUCGGUUGGCUGUCGAACCACUGGUUUUGGGAGUCAGAAGAAGACGUUAAACGUAAGGACAGCGGUUCCUCGAGGUUCUAUCCACGGAGCUGA